AUGUUAGUUUAUGCUUAUUAUAUUAGAGAACUUUUGGAAGAAGAAGCCCUCUCCAGAAUCAAGAAAAUACGUGAUAUACCGCACUAUGACCCUUACCCUAUGAAUGAUCAAUUGAGUGCUG